AUGUCGGCCUCUGGAACUUCUUCAGGUCACCCCAUUGCUACUCUCGACACCUCGAUUGUACCUCGCCUGCCGUCUUCAUCGCCUACUCUCUUUGAAGCCAAGAAGAACAAGAACCUCUCUUUCGAAACCAUUGCCAAAGCUCUUGGACGUGAGGAAGUCGCUGUUGCAGCACUCUUCUAUGGACAAGCCAGAGCUUCCCCAGAGGAUGUCAAGAACUUAGCCAAGGUUCUCGAGCUUGAUGAGUCGUUGCUCGAGUCACAGCUCUCUGGCUACCCAGACCGCGGACGCCAGAUGGAGAUGCCACCAAGGGAGCCUCUGGUCUACAGACUCUACGAAAUUGUCCAGAACUACGGAUAUGCAUACAAGGCCAUUCUGAACGAGAAGUUCGGUGAUGGUAUCAUGAGUGCCAUUAGCUUCAGCACCAAGGUCGAGAAGGAAACCGAUGAGAAGGGCGACUGGGCUGUUAUUACCCUCAGAGGAAAGUGGCUACCUUACUCGAGAUUCUAG